AUGGCACAACGUGUUGAAAGAGUCGCCAUUGUUGGUGCGAGUGGCCAGAUAGGGUCCUUCUUCGUCGAAGAAUUAUUUAAAACCGGCAAGCAUACAGUUACCGCCAUCACGCGCUCCGCCAGCUCCACAGGAUUUCCUGCCGGUGUCAACAUCGCAACUGUUGAUUAUGACGACCAAGCAUCCCUUGUUGCCGCACUCGAGGGCCAGCAGUUUCUCAUCAUCACUAUGGCAUUGACGGCUCCUAGGGACUCGCAGGAGAAGCUAAUUCGAGCCGCUGCCAAAGCAGGGGUGCCGUAUGUCAUGCCAAAUUGGUAUGGUGUUGACUUUGCCAACAAAGUGCUCCUCGCGGACUGUCCCUUUCCACCGCAACUGACAGGAACUACUGCUCUGAUCGAGGAGCUUGGUGUGAGUUCCUGGAUCAUAUUGAGCUGUGGUAUGUGGUACGAGUACAGCCUCUCGGUCGGGCUUGAUACGUUCGGCAUCGACAUAAAAAAUCGCGAGGUUAUCUGGAUUGACGAGGGCGAGACUAUGAUCAAUGUCAGCAGCUAUCGACAAUGUGGCAGAGCCAUCUCAGGGUUACUGAGCCUUGAAGAAAUACCUGCUCAGGGAGAAGACGCAUCGCGUAGUCUCAGCCAGUUUUCCAACCACGUCGCCUACAUUUCCAGCUUCAGGCUGAGCCAGAAGGACAUUUUCGAGAGCGUCAAGCGGGUAACGGGAACCUCGAACGCGGAUUGGAAGUUCAGCAAAGAGACAGCAGUGGGACGCUGGAAGGAAGCGGCUGACAGAAUUCAAAAGGGAGAUUGGUCGGCUUUUCUCAAGCAGUUAUACAGUCGAGUAUUUUUCCCCGAUGGCAGCGCUGAUAUUGCGGGGAAGAGAGUGGUAAACAAUGACCUUCUUGGGCUACCGUUGCAAGAUCUUGACGAACUCACUAGGGCAGCUAUAGUAUUAGUAGAAGCUGUAUAG